CCCUCACACCAUCAACAGCAAACAAACAACAAAAGUAGAGGACUUAGCUUAGACCCAAACGACCCUCCAUUGAAACCCACCCCCGAAGAAAAAGGCCAAAAUCAGGAAAUGGGUAUUGUUGAAGAAGCUCACAACGUGAAGAUCCUGGGCACAGGAGAGCAGGUGCUGGUUCUUGCUCAUGGAUUUGGGACCGAUCAAUCUGUUUGGAAGCACCUUGUGCCUCAUCUUCUUGACGAGUUCAAGGUCAUUUUGUAUGAUAAUAUGGGUGCUGGUACUACAAAUCCUGAUUACUUUGAUUUUAGUAGAUACUCAUCUCUGGAAGGUUAUGCUUAUGAUUUGCUCGCCAUUUUGGAGGAAUUGCAAAUCGAGAGUUGUAUUUUAGUCGGCCACUCUGUUUCUGGUAUGAUUGGUGCUAUUGCCUCCAUUAGCCGCCCAGAUCUCUUCUCUAAAAUCGUUAUGCUCUCUGCUUCUCCCAGGUAUUUGAAUGAUGUGGACUACUAUGGAGGAUUUGAGCAAGAAGAUCUAAAUCAACUAUUUGAAGCUAUGCAAUCCAAUUACAAGGCAUGGUGUGCAGGGUUUGCCCCACUAGCCGUUGGUGGGGAUAUGGAUUCUGUGGCUGUUCAAGAAUUUAGCCGUACCCUUUUCAACAUGAGGCCAGACAUAGCUCUAAGUGUAGCACAGAACAUAUUCCAGAGUGACAUGAGACAAAUUCUACGUUUAGUUACUGUGCCUUGUCACGUCUUGCAAAGCGGUAAAGAUUUGGCUGUACCGGUAGUUGUAUCUGAGUAUUUGCAUCAACAUCUUGGUGGUGAAUCCAUUGUAGAAGUCAUGUCAUCCGAUGGUCAUUUACCCCAAUUGAGUUCACCGGAUAUUGUAAUUCCGGUACUCCUUAGGCACAUUCGUUAUGAUAUUGUUGUCUAAUUAAUAUCUGUAAUGUGUAUGAACCUUUCAUUAUCUUUGUUGUAAUGGGUAAUUUGUAUUUUCUUUGAUGGAA